UGACUGUGUGCUUUGUGCCAACAGCUGCUCAGAAAUGUCUCUAUAGCUUCUCAGACUGAUGGGACAGGGAUGAUGUUUCUUGCAAGAGGGAGAAGCUCCCUGCCUGCAGAGCUGCAGAGGCUCCUCUGCUACCCCUUCCAGUUUCACUUUCUGCUAGAGCUCUCCUCUCUCUUACCCGCAGCCCUGCGUGGCCAGUCCAUGGCUGAACUGGGACCUGUGGCUGGGCUGAAGGAGGAGCUGACCUGUCCCGUCUGCCUGGGCAUUUACAGCAACCCUGUGUCCCUGAGCUGUGGUCACAGCUUCUGCAAGAAGUGCAUCCAGGAGGUGCGCAGACACCAGCAGGGCCCUUUCAGCUGCCCGCUGUGCCAGGCCCUGGCAGACCCCACCAUGGAGCUCCAGACCAACAUCCAGCUCCGCAGCAUAGCACAGAAGUUUUUGGAUGCUCCUGCUCACCAAGAGGAGGAAAAAGGUGGAGCGCAAGAGAAGGGUGAAGGUUCAGGCCAGCAGAACGAGGCGAUCCUGUGUGACUCCUGCCUUGAGGAGCCCCAGCCAGCUGUGAAGACCUGCCUGAACUGUGAGGCCUCCCUGUGCCAGGCCCACCUGACCAAGCACAACACGAGGAGCCCCCUGAAAGACCACGUGCUGGUCGAGCCCUGCGAUGCCCAGCUCUUGGCUGAGAGGAGAUGUCCCCAGCACGGCAAACUGCUGGAGUGCUACUGCCAGACUGACUCGGUCUGCAUCUGUGUGCUUUGCUCUGUCACCAGCUCCCACAAGAACCACGAGAUCACGGCUUUGGAGGAGGCUUUUGGCCAAGCACAGAGUGCUUUUUGUGGGGCUCUGGAAACAGUGAAAACACGCAAAGCUGCACUGCGUGGAAUCAUAUCAAACCUGCUGACACAAGAAGACGAAGUAGAGACUACGGAGAGCCAGCGGAGGAAUCAGCUGGAGAGCCUCUUUGAAGAGAUGGGUCUGCAGCUAGUCAACAAGAAAGAAGAAGUCCUGAGAGCUCUCCGGCACAACGAAGAGCAGCAGCUUUCUCAGAUUCAGAGAAAGAUACAAAACUACAAAGAGGAGGAAGAUGCAGCCAGCCAUGAUGUACAGGAGCUGGAGGCUCUGAGAGAUCAGAAAGACCCUCUUCUUUUCACCAAGACUUUUGCAGCAAUUCAAGCCAGGAAACACAAGCCAGUUCCUAAGAAAGUUCAUGUAAAACUGCCAAAGCCACCUUUUAUUUUGAAUGAAUCCACAGCAGUCAGUGUUCAAAGGCUCUACAAGAAAUUCCUCUUAGAUGUGGAGUCCUCAUUUGCAACACCACCUGUUCAUGAACAUUUGUCUCAUUCACACAAUCAAGAUUUUGGACGUUCUAGUUCCAUUGUCUCUGCACCCAGACUCUAUUCUCCGCACUUUGGUGCACGCAAAACAUACACUUCCUACCCAUAUGUGGAGAGCAACCAGAGCUUCUCAGAGGGCAGUCACUUCUGGGAGGUGCAAGUCAGCCAAUCCCAGCGCUGGAAGGUUGGCAUCAUUCAAGAGAACCUUGAAAGCUACCUGGAAAUGUCUGGUGGUUACCUUUCUGUGUUUAUAGGUACACGUAUGAUCACACGACAGAACAUUCCUGAAGGCCUUGAAGUGGUCAGGGUAGAGCUAGACUGCAGAACAAAUCAACUAUCAUUUUAUAAUGCAACUUCCAAGGAUGGAGAUCCUACUGGAAGCCUGUGGCUUAUAGAGACACUAAGCAUCCCUCCUAGCUAUCCUGCCCAUGCUAUCUUUGGUGCGUUCUGUGGCUCUUUGGAGAUCCUGUAGGGACCUAGAGACAAGGUGCUGUUUUGCAUUUCCAGGCCUAGGCAUUGGGAUUGGAACUGUGUGGAGGCUGUGCCAAGCUGGCCUGUUGGAAAUUGGAAUUUGGGCUGCUGUGAUGGCUCACCUGUGUGAGGGCAGAGGCUGCUGUGGGGUAUAUCACAGCUCACUGCUGCUUGCUGCAAGAGGUCCUCUCUCAUUCUUCUGUCAGUCACAAUGGAAAUACUGUUGUGCUUUUCUGCUUGGAUGUAUCAAAAGCUUUACUGGCUGCAUGUAUUAAAGUAACCCAGUUUGCAAAA